AUGAGGAACUGGCUCCAUGGUCUCCUCCUGCUGGGGCUGUCUGCUAUCACUGUUGGAGCAAUGGAAAUGAAGAUGAAUCAGGUGGCUGAGAACAGACAGAUCUGCGCAGGAAUGUACAGUCGGGAAUCUUGGGGAGGAGCUGUCGAGCCGCAUAUACUUGUCAAAUUCUUAAAGAACACGGAAGAGGGCGAUUCGGAUCCGAUCACGAGUUUGGUGAUAUUCGAGUGGAAGGACUAUAAUUUGAUAGGGGUACUUCCUACCGCUGAUUCUAUAACGAAGGAAUACCUUUGCGACACGCAAUCAAUCGAGAAUAAGUUCUGCAAUGCCAACCAGACUGGAGAGUUCGUUCUGGCCCCCAACGCGACGGAGAUUUCGAAGAAUUUGCUUUUCACAAAAGCGGUACACUUGAAGGAUCCGGGACUACCUAUCAACUAUGCGAUCAAGAAAACCGGCUACUACUGUGUUGGGACCACAGCUUUUUCGCCAUCGGAUGUUGCAUACACAGCUACGGUCGAGUUUCGAAAUGCCUACGGCGAGCUUCCGGCUGCUCAGAUUGCGAAGCUACCCUUUUAUGGAGGCAUUACCCUUGUCUAUGCAGUUAUCGGGGCCUUCUGGGCUUUUCUAUAUGCGCAACAUAGACAAGACAUUUUGCCUGUACAAAAUUACAUCACCGCAAUUAUCAUGUUUUUGAUAGUUGAAAUGCUGAUGACCUGGUUUUUCUACGAUUACAUGAAUCGCCAUGGCUCCAAUGUAGGCUCGAAAGUCUUGAUGAUCGUUGUCGCAAUCUUGAACGCGGGACGAAACUCAUUCUCUUUCUUCCUCUUACUUAUUGUCUGUAUGGGUUAUGGUGUUGUAAAGCACAGCCUUGGCAAGACUAUGAUCUACGUUCGCUAUCUUGCAGGUGCCCAUUUUGUAUUUGGCCUGAUCUACUCCAUUGCCAGCUUGACUGUCACUCCCGAGACUGCUGGACCUCUCGUGCUAUUCGUCAUCCUGCCAUUGGCAGGAACGCUUACAGCCUUCUAUGUCUGGACUCUCAACUCUCUUAACAUGACUAUGAAGGAUCUGAUGGAGCGGAAACAAACACAGAAAUUCUCUAUGUACCGCAAGCUCUGGUGGGCUAUCCUCAGCUCCAUCAUUAUCAUCUUUGGUUUUUUCUUCUUCAAUUCUUUCACGUUCGCCUCGGCCGGGGAUGCUGACUUCGUGCCCUUCCACUGGAAGACCCGCUGGUUCAUUCUCGACGGAUGGUUAAACCUCGUCUACCUUGGCGACGUUGUCUUCAUAGCAUACUUGUGGAGACCCACCGCAAAUAACAGGAGAUUCGCGAUGAGUGACGAGCUGGCUCAAGAUGAUGAAGGCUUUGAAAUUGCAGAUUUCGGAGCAGAAGAUGACGAGGAAGACGAUUUGGAGAACGCUGAUGCACACAGAGGAGACAGAACACAACCAGGACAAGAAGGUCCUCGGUAUGAUCCGGCACCCUCAGCAACCAAUACUGCAAAAAUUCUUCCUAGGGAAAGUCUAGAUGGAGAGACGAUAUUCGCUGUGGGUGAGGACGGAGAUAGGUGGUCGGAGGAAGGUAGUGAUGAUGAAUCUCGGGGGAAGCUUGUGACGAAAGAUCCGAAGGAUGUUAAGUUGUGGCGACCGGCGGCUGAGCAGCUUCGAGGAUCCCGUAUCGAGACUGGCGCACGAAGAGAACUCCUUAUGAAGGAACAGGAGUUGCACAAGAAAUCACAUGAGAUGAGUAGGUUACUGUAUGUUCCUAGUCUCGCAGUCGCAGUCUUCCUCGCGAUACGACAUGGAUUUGGCAAGAGCUCCGGAUGGCUCUACCUUAUCAUUUUCUGUUUGGCACGCAUAAUCGGCCCCUCCAUGCAACUUGCUACGAUCUCCGAUCCAGGAAACACAAGUCUCUACACUGGAUACGCAAUUCUGAACAACGCUGGCCUCUCGCCGCUCUUGUUUGCCGCGUUGGGAUUCGUCGGCCGACUUCUCAUCAGCAUCCACAAAUCCUACCAUGCCGUAUUCCUACCCAACAUCCUGAGGGUUGUCCAGCUCGUCAUCCUGGUGAGUCUAAUCUUUGGAAUUGUCGGCGGCAUCGAUGCCAGAUCCGUCUACACCAGUGAUUUGGAGACGGAUCCGGGAGCUCGCGACGUCCGAGGUACCCUAACCAAGGCCGGCACAGCACUGUUCAUCGUGUCGUGCGACGCCACCGUUGCUUCCACGACCAUCAUCUCAUUCUUAGUCCCCCGUGCUGAGCCCGGCGAGAAGCGGCUCUUCUUCGCCGUCGCGAUCGCUCCCCCGUUCCUCUUCGUCCGGCUCAUCUACUCCUGCACUAGCACCUUCACCACCAAUCUGCACUUCAACUUGCUCGAGGGAGAUACCACGACCUUGCUCUUCAUGGCUUUUGCUGUCAGAGAGCAACGUCGCACUCUUGUCACUGGUGAGAUUGGCGGCUCAGCUAGCCCGGAACCUCUGCAGAAGAAGACCGGCGCUGGUAGUCAGGCUCUAAAUUUUUCCAAGUACACUAGUGGCCAUUGGGAAGUCCAUAGCUUUUUGGUCAAGUGGUGGGAGAGGGAAUCUGGAGAUGCAGUCGCAGGAGAUGGGGAAGUGAUGGUCAGGCAAUGGAGGUAG